AUGUUGGAUGGUCCAGCGCGCCAACCCUCUUCCGUCCAGCGAGGAUCCGUUGCGUCCAUCAAUCAGUACCCUGGUGAUCCAACAACUCCCGGAUACGCGUCAAAGCCCGGCGUCGAGCGUGUCAGUCACCCACCAAAUCUUCCCAAGAUUCCAUCUCUACCUAUCUCCUACCGCGAUGCAUUACCCCUUUUGAAAACUUUGGAUGGGUAUGGCAUAUCAGGCAGGUCUAUCAAACGUGAUGGGUGGAUUGGCGGUCUGGCUGCAACAUACAGCACUGGUCCUGCACCAGGCAUUACUCUUGCUCUCACGAACUUCAUGGAAGACAAGAUCACACCAGUCUGGGACGUCAUCGGUAUCAUCAAUGGUACGAAUGCAGACGAGACUAUCAUCAUUGGAAAUCAUCGAGAUGCAUGGAUCGUCGGCGGAGCAGCAGAUCCGAACUCAGGCUCAGCUAUCAUGAUCGAGAUCACAAGGGCUUUCGGAGAGCUGCAGAAGACUGGUUGGGUGCCUCGUCGAAACAUGUAA